AUCGUCCUGACGUUCCUUCUCCCUCUUGUCUUUUGUUCGAACGCCAAAAGUCUCUCUCUCUCUCUCUCUCUCUCUCUCUCACUCUCACUCUCACUCAUAUUGUCACCGCCAUUGCAGCGCCUUGUUUUCCUCCACAGGGGACGUUCGACAGAAGCGACGGACACCGAGUUCGCGUGGCUGAGUGGGCGCCACUAGUCGAAAUGCCAGUCUCUGAUAAGUUUCCUUUGACAGCCAACAAUUUUUCCUUUAGGCAUGCCUGUCAGAGUGGAUAGCUUUAAACACCAGAAGCUGUGUGAGGUGCAGGAAGCCAGUCAUGUAAGUGAAGAUAAGAUCAGCAAUUUGCCUGACUGUGUUCUUCAUCAUAUCCUCUCAUUUCUUCCCACGAAAGAUACUGUUGCUACCUCAAUAUUGUCAACAAGAUGGAAGGAUCUGUGGACCUCAGUUCCUAACAUUGACUUUGAUGACUCAUUGUUGUACUCAAGCGAGGUGAAUGGGGGGUAUCCGCUGGAGGUGAAUUGUUUCAUGAAUUUUGUCGAAAGAGUGCUUCUUCUUCGUAAUUGCUCAGCAGAUGUAAAAAAGUUUCGCCUCUCAUGUCGAGUUUGCUUUGAUGCAUCUCGUAUUCAUGCAUGGAUUUCUGCAGCAAUCAAGCAUAAGGUUCAAGAGCUUGACCUUUGCCUCUUUGUGGAAAAGCCUUUUACACUGCCCCAUUGUGUUUUUUAUGGUGAAUCACUUACAUCACUGAAAAUAGAAAUGAAUUGUGUCCUUGAACUUUCAACUUGCAUUUCAUUCCCGAAGCUUAAAACCUUGUAUCUUGCUCUUGUUACUUUCCCUGAUGAUGACUCAAUCCAAAAACUAUUGUCUAGCUGCCAAGUCCUUCAGGAGUUGUCAAUAUUAGACUGUGAAUGGAUGAAUCUGAAGAGCAUUAUGGUUUCUAUUCCCACUCUGAAAAGCUUGACAAUUGAUGACCUACCAUUCUUCGGAUCAGAAGAUGAACUAAAUGGCUGUGAGAUCAAGAUUGAUGCAGCAAGUAUGUUGUUCUUUACAUACAGUGGUUAUCUCUUAAAUGAGAUUUGUCUCUUGAAUCUAUCAUCAUUGAUUAAUGCAUCUAUUCACGUUCCAAGUCUGUACAAGGGGGGAAAAGACAUUGCUUCUCGUGCAGUUAAGCUGCUUAGAGGCUUGAACCAUGUUAAAUCAAUGAGAAUAUCUAAUGGUGUCAUUGAGUCUCUCUUUCUUGCAGAUAAUGUGCUGGACCAUCUUCCCAUAUUUCAGAAGUUGACAUAUUUAGAAUUGAGCAUGGAAAUUGAAAGGCAUAUUAUCCAAAAAUUGCGGGACUUGCUUCACUUCUUUCCAAAUCUGGAGUCUUUUGUUUUUGCUGAGGGAUUUAACCCUUCUGUGUGCUUUGGCGAGGAGUUGAUUUUGAAGCGGGUACCCAAAUGUGUAUUGGCCUCCCUCAAGUCAGUGAGCAUCCACAAUUUUAAUGGGAAUUAUACUGAACUAUGUUCACUAAAAUCUUUGCUGAAGAACGCUCUUGUUUUGGAGAGGCUGAAUAUUUUUUGUUCUAAGAAACCAUCAAGAGAUGUGGAAAAGCAAAAAGUGGUCAUCAAUCAGCUCCAGAUGUCUCCUAGAGUAUCCACCAGUUGUGUAAUCAUGUCCUUCUGAGAUUUGUUGGAUCCAUGGUGAAUGAUGAUGAUACACUAGGAGCUGGAGCUAUUUCGGCCAAGGUUUCUAUGGUUGCUGGGUUGGGAGUGUGAUUAUCUAGGUAACUUUGUCAGUAUUAAACAGGCGAUAGUAGGGUUGACAUAUUAGCUUGCACACGUAGCGUACACACAGAUAGUAGGAUGAGUGCUCCUUUUUGUUCUGGGUGCCGAAACUCACAAUGUUCUUCUUAUAUGAGAACAUUGUUGGAUUCAAGCACCUGAUUUGUUACUAUUUUGGUUUUGUUUAUGACAGACUGGUCAUGUUUCUGAAUCGUGUCUCUGCUUUACAUGAUUACAAACCACAAAAAGGAAAUGACAAACGCAGAAGGCUAUGACUACAUUAA